GGGGAGCAGACGGGCAGAUCGGAGCAGAGAGACCAGAGCUUCCCUUCGCUGAAGUCAGACAGGGCAGUUGGUGCAGAUCGGAACAGGGAGCGACAUCAGAUUGUCUUCUCCUGACCCCAUCAAAGACAGAAGCUGCUGGGCUGUUUUCAACCUGCCAUCGCCCAGAUGCUCCUGUCUCUGUGCCUCUUGCUGCCUGCGCUGAGUCCCAGCAGCCAGGAGAUCUGCUCAGCUCCCGGCACUCUCCCUGCCCCCAUCCUCAACAUGAACCAGACGUCAGCCCGGCCAGGGGAAUCUGUGCUGUUCCGGUGCUCUGUGACCUCUCAGCUCCCGGCCACCCGCAUCAUCUUCUGCAAGGACGGGGAGGAAUUUUCAUCCCAGAAGGGUUCAGAGGGGAAGGUCAACUACAGCUAUAAACAUGUGGUGUCUGGGGGCAGCCCUGGGAAUUACACCUGCUGGUACGAGUUCAAGGACAUCAAAAACCAGGUGACCAGAUCUGAGCUCAGCCCUGCCCAGCACCUCAGUGUCACCGGUGAUGGCUCCAGCAGCAGCGGUGGUGGUGACGGUUCCUCGCCAGCAGGUCUAAGUAUCCCGUUGGGAAUCACAAUCCCUGUGCUCCUGGUGUUGGCUGUGGUGCUUUAUGUGCUGGGAAGGAAAGCUGUGUCUCUGCGAAGGGAUCAAAGGGAACAAGUCCAGUGUGACACCAGCAACACUCCUGAAGAUCAGGUUCAAUAUGCCUCCGUGAAUUUGUCAGGAACCACCAGGAAGCAGCCACGGCCCCAGGGAGAAGAGACUCCGACUUACGCAACCAUCGCGCUGCAGAAGGACAGACGUUGUUGAUACUGCAGUCGCUGAAACGCAGGGCUGGUCAGAGCACAGCCACAUCACAGAACCUCCCCAAAUCAGAGGCAACAGUAGGGGCCGUGCAGCCAGGAAGUGGGGGAUCUUCUCUAGGGCCACAGCAGGACAAUGCCCAGCGCCCAAAGUGCUGAAGGACACUGGAAUAGGCUGAAGGCAAAUGCUGCCUGUUUGCCUUUUGUUAAAAAAAAAAAGUUUCUUCGGAAUAAAAUUGGGAAAAUCCCCCACUCUGUGUUCCUCCCCUUGAGUCUUUAUAUCAGUAGCUCAGCUCCCAAGGCCCCUCAGCUCUGUUUAGAGAUUCCACUGCCAACCCAAAGGGUAAAAAAUCAUGAGGAAGCCUCCCAAAAAAUCCUCAAAUUGCCUUAGGAACUCAUGUUUCCUUUGAGAUAACUCGGGGGUUUUGACCUUUUGGGGGCAGGUUUCCCAGCUGUUCUUCCCACCCAGGGGAGCCAGAAAUGAACUCACUUCAACCACACCUAUGUUGUGAGCUUCCCAAUGAGUGAGAUAGGCCCUGCUGCUGGUACAGUCAGCACCCGAGUGAGGCUCUGCAUCGUGCUGCAGACACUGCUGGAUUUGGGGAUCUGUUUCUCUCUUGUACCUUUGGCUGGUGUUGCUACUGCAAGCUCCUUGGACCUUUCUGAGCAUGUUUGCCCGUCCUGCGAAGCACUUUUCUGCAGGGCUUUGAGUGCCCUGGCACAUUU